UUCUCCUUCUUCAUGAAAGGUUUAUAUUUUUUUUUUCAGUUCAACUUUGAGAUGUUAGAUAGAAAUAACAAUUUUAAACUAACGUGAAAGUCGUUAUGCGAAUAUGUUACGACAGACGGAUGAAGGCGACGCAUUCUCAAUUGCGACUCGUGUUAAAUGUCGUCGUAUUUAUUGCCGUUUUAAGCGGCGUUGUGGUAUACACUACCAUUAAUGACAAACUUAAUUUAAAGCUUUACCGGAAAACCAAUGAGAAUGUGUAUGGUAUAUCAAGCGAGGCAGGUAAAAAAUUAAAAACAGAAAAAAAAGCUAAACUUGUGCAAACAUCAAAAGUUAAAACUGCACAUACAGCCUUUCGUGUUCCGUUCGUUUACCGUGCAUCCAGUGAGUUGUACCGAUCAAGGACACUUCUGAAUACUUCAGAGGUAACAGAUACCGUCGAUGAAAAUUACCCAGAGGAUAUAUUCACAGCGCAAGAAAAAAAAGAUGGUGCCAUCGUGCUUCAUGUUAUUGGGAUAUGUUACAUGUUCCUUGCGUUAGCUCUCGUAUGCGAUGAGUUUUUCGUGCCUGCGCUGCAUCUUAUAUCAAAAAUAGCAAACAUUUCCGAUGACGUGGCGGGUGCCACAUUUAUGGCAGCUGGUGGAAGUGCACCGGAGUUGUUUAUAUCCGUGAUCGGAGUAUUUAUUUCGAAGUCUAAUGUAGGGUUUGGAACCAUCGUUGGUAGCGCUGUGUUUAAUAUACUGUUUGUUAUUGGAAUGUGCGCUAUUUUUAGCAAAGUUCUGCUUGAAUUAACAUGGUGGCCGCUGCUUAGAGACAGUUUGUUUUACAUAUUGGCUUUAGUUAUACUUAUAUCGUUUUUUUAUGAUACUUUCAUCGAGUGGUGGGAAGCACUGGUGUUGUUCUCUGUUUACAUUGCGUAUGUUACGUUUAUGGUAUUUAACGAGCGCAUAGAAAGGUAUGUGAAAAGUAAGGUUCAAAAAAAGAAAACGAAAAAAACUUCCAUCAUCACACCUUUACAAGAGAAACAUAAAGAAAUUUUAUUUGCUCUGUCGAAUAACUUAGAAGAAAGCGCGUUUCGACACGGAGCUUUGCAGUUAGUUAUUCAUACAUUGGAUCCUAUUGCAGAAGAAACUGUUGAACGCAAACUAAGCCAGUUUCGCGAUCAUUGCGACAGUUCAUUCACGACUAAAGAAACUAGCGAUCAAUCAUCUCGUGAAUCGAUAUCAAUUGAUAAAAACUCGAAUUUAAUUAAAGUAAAUUCAGCUACACAAAAAGAAAGCUAUGGCGAAUUAAAAAAUCGAAGCUCGUUCGAUUAUGAGGACUCGAGCAUGGAAAGGGAUAAUUUAACACGUAGCGAUACAAUCGAGGACGCAAAUCAAAUGCUGAAAGAACUCGAUGCUAUGAAUGUUCCCCGUGAAAGUGCGCCUGUGGAUGAGGGUGGGGGUAAAGAAAAUAAGUUAGACAAUAGGAUGAACUUUCCAUCACUGGAAACAAAUGAGAAUAACGAGGGCAUGGAUGGUAUGGAGUCUGAUUUGAGCUUACGUGAGAAUGUAAAAUUCUCUACGAGAGAGAUUUCUCGUUCCUCAUCCAGAGCAAGUCUAAGAAGCCACAGAGGCUUAGCACCUGCGCAACAAUUUGAUGUUUUGAAUGUGGAGGAGAGAGAAGUCGUCAAAGAAGGUGAUGAUGAAGAAGAAGGACCUGUUGAUAUAUCAUGGCCAGAUACAUUCUUUGCUCGGCUAUUUUACGUCAUCAAAGCUCCACUAAUGUUCUUGUUAAUUGUCACUUUACCGGAUGUCCGUCGACCGAAACUUUGGAAAUUAUUUCCGAUCACGUUCUUAGGCAGCAUCUUAUGGAUAGGCGGUUUCACUUAUCUCAUGGUAUGGUGGGCAGCAGAAGUUGGAAAGACAUUAGGUAUACCGGACGAGGUAAUGGGAUUAACGUUUUUAGCGGCUGGUACAAGUAUACCUGAUCUUAUUACCAGUGUGGUGGUAGCCCGUCAAGGCUUAGGCGACAUGGCUGUGUCGAGUUCGAUAGGAAGUAAUAUUUUUGAUGUCACCGUAGGAUUGCCGUUGCCAUGGUUAAUCCAUAGUCUUAUAAAUGGCGCCGCCGCUGUCAAUGUGAAAAGCGAUGGUUUGUUUUGUUCCACCAUUUUGCUUUUUAUCAUGUUAUUGUCGGUUGUAGCAACCAUUGCUCUCAGUAAGUGGAAAAUGACGAAAUUGUUGGGUGCAACCAUGUUUCUUUUAUAUGUGGUUUUUAUCACUGUUACUCUGCUUAUACAACUCGAGGUAUGGUCAUGCUUUCUAUAAAUGUUUGCAUGAAGAUACAAUAAUAAUGCCAUAGUUAGACUAUUCACGCAUCUGCAUUUCCAGCUAACCUGCUCUUGAAACUUUUUAAAAAGGUGUUUUGUUUCUAUUUAUCUGUAGAAAACCAAUUUAAAUUUCUACGCUGUCAGAAACAGGAAUUGUUAGCCAAUCAAAUGCUAUUACUAUCAUUAUUACUAUUUUUUCCUUUCAGAAAAAAAAAGUAUAUAUUACGACAUAAAAAAGUAAAAAAAAAACAAAACAAGCAUAAAAUUACAAACUCUCAUAGGAAAACGCCCUAGCACCACCCUUUUUGCACCUUGUCUUCAAAAUAAUAGCCUUUCAGAUUAAAAUAUCGAAUAUAGUGAAUGAAAAUGGCAGUCAAAUUUUUAUAGUAUGCACGCUAACUUGCUGAUAAUUUUUAAAAUGUUUUGUUCAGUCGUUUGUAAAUAAUUUUUUAGGCCUUGUAUGUAUAACCACGGAUGUCAAUAAUUUCUGAUACGUGACAAAAAAGUGGAAUGAACUUUCAAUUUAUUUAUUUAUUUAUUUAUUUUACAGUAUAUAUAUUUAAAAAAAAUAUGUCGAAUGUCAUAAUUUUUUGUUUAUUUUCUAUUUUUUCCAUUAACCUUACACAAGAGCAAAUUUCCUUCCCUCAAAACGCAUAAAAAAAACAACACAAACUAAUGACUCUUUUAAACUAGCUCCCAAAGUUCAUAUUAAAAAAUGCAAAUAGAACCUCUUGAAACGAGGUUAGGUCAGCGUUAUCCAGCGCAUGCGUGCAGUAUAUAUAAACCCCGAUAAUAAUUCGAACAGUAACUCAAACUAUUUUUAAAUAUUGACCUCAGAUAUAUAGAGCAUUUACUAAGUCGAACUAUUUUAGCUGUCCCCCCUGGCUUAAAAUGUUCGUGAUAAUUUGAGAUGAAAAGAAAAAAAUGUAAA